GUGGUUCCCACUGGCCAUUCACGUGGAAGCCGAGAAAGAGCAGCGAACCCUCGUCGAGGCUUCACUCCCAAAUCCCCGAUCCCUUCUCAACUCUGGCAGGAUUUCAUCUCCUCGACGACUGAUCACCGCCGACGCGCUUCAACCCUCGAUUCUUUACUCGGUGUUUUCUCCUUCGGUCAUCAUGGAGGAUGUGAAUGCAAGCUUGCAGCCAGAGGAAACAACUCAACCGAGUGAAGUUUCAGCUUCUGAGUUUCACAACCUUACCCUAAGGUUGGAGGCCCUUGAAUACUCAGUACGCUAUCUAGAGGAUAAUAUGAGGACCCGACUUUCCGCUAUGGAGGAGAGAGUGGAGGAACUGAUGAGAAGGAUGGAUGGGUAUAAUGCCCUACACAGGAACUGGUCACAACAUGUAUCAUGGGAUGUGCCUACUGUGGCACUGAAUCAACCAGGAACCCUAACUUCACCACUUGCAGCACCAAGGCAGAGGAAAAAGAAAGGAACCUUGAUCGCAAAGAGAGUGAUUCGCCGGUACCGGAGGCUUGUUAAGUCCAGUUGGGAUAGUAAGACUUGCAUAAGGCGUCUCAUCAAGAAGAUACAUAAAAGACGAUGUCAAAGAAGUUGAAGGAUGCCCCGAACCAGUCAUCAUCAUCAUAUUUGUUCCAAUUAUUUGCGAUUGGCUACGGGAAUACUGCCUGCGAUGUCUAUGUAAGACUAUACCGCUUUGGAUAUCCAAAGUAUACAUAUCGGCCAUGCUAGCUGUGUUUCCCUUCUAUAGGAUGUUGUUUGAUUCAACCUCUAAUUUUGAUGUGCUGUCUUGAAUAUAGACAAAUCAGUGAGUUAUUGACAUCAGCUUAGGGUUUAUUAUUGAUCCAACUUGUUCAAAAUUUAUGAUUAUUGUAUCUUUACUUGCACAUGCCUACAUCUAAGAAGACUAAUCUUGAUCCUUGUGGAA